GUACUUACAUAUAAGUUUAUUUGUGUAAUUUUAAGCCUAUGAGUAUUUGUAAGAGAAGAAAUCAUGAAUCAGUAGAGAACCAGCUGUUAAAGAGGAAAGACACGAUUUAGCAACAACUCAAAAAAAAAAUUAAACAAAUAAAUAGACAACGAACAACAACGACAGUUAAAGCGGGUCAGCGAAGAUUUAAAAUAAGAAAAGUGAUCAAAGCUGGUGUAAACAAACAAAAUGAAAUCGUUAAAAUUGAUAUUUGCGCUUGCCAUCAUUGUAACAAACAACUCACCCUUUAAUGAUGCCUAUCCCCAGCCUGCAAAUAAUCCUAAUGCCGAGUAUGAAUUGAUAAGCGGUGGCGCGCAGGUUGGACCGAAGCCGUCUUUUGUGCCCAUCACACGAAAACCGUUAAUAAUUAAUACACCACCACCAACGCCAGCAAACUCGAAGACUUUUGCUUUCGAUCCUCUAACCAAAACGUGGACAAAAGUCAAAAAGGAUGAUCCCAUACCAUCGGAAGAUACGCUUCUAUGGAACCAAAGCAAUGACAAAUGGCUGACCGAAACAGCCAGGCGCCUAUAAAAUGCAGCAAUCCGCAAUAUGAAUAAUUGAAAAUAAUUAUAAAAUGAGUAUUUACAAGGUCA